AUGGGCAAAAAAGUAAGAGAAUACCAAGCUGGGGACUUUAUCUUCGCUAAAGUAAAAGGCUACCCAGCAUGGCCGGCCAGGGUGCACAAGCCGAAUGGAAAGAAAUAUUUAGUAUAUUUCUAUGGAACGGGAGAAACUGCAAAUCUCUCCCCGAACAUGAUAUUUGACUAUGCGGAGAACAAAGACAAGUUUUUGACUAAAACUGUGAAACGAAGGGACUUCAACGACGGUGUGAAACAGAUAGAACAUGAUUUCGCUAAUAAUGUACCGUUGGAACAAGUUAUUGGGAUCGGUGCUGAGAUACCACCAGCUGAAUCUUCAACUCUUGAAGCGAAUGACUCUGUUGCAAAUGAUACUUUGGACGAAACUGGCAUGGACACCACUGCCGCUGAUGAAACUAUGGCUGAUGAACCAACCCUAAACACGACUCAAAAUGACACCGCAGUGGAAGAUUCAGAUGACACAGGUAACCUGGUCAUCGAUGAAGGCAAGCAAAAACAACAGCCUAAAAAGGCGAAACCGGAGACCAAAGCUAAGGAGACUCCGGCGAAACCCGUGAAGGAGCCAAAGACUCCUCGGGGCAAAGGAAAGAAAGAUGAACCGGCUAAGGACGACGAUGAGGAGAAGAAAGAGGAGGAGAUUGUCAGCAGAAGUGGACGGAAAAUACGACCGAAAAGGUAUAUAGACGAACAAACGGAGGACAACGCAACGCUCCCGUCACCGGCACCAAAGAAACGGCGUGGUGCGUCCCCAACACCCGACAAGGAGAAGGAAAAGUCGGAGCCCAAAGAAAAAGUACCGGAUAAAAAUAUUAAACAGUUCAAUGCUGUUACACAGUCUGAACUUGAAGAUCUGAAAGAGCCGUUUAAGUCAGAGGACGCAGAAAAAGAAAACAUACUCAUAGCUUACCUACCAUCGGGGCGGUAUGUUGGCAUCAAGCUCUUCCAGUCAAGACCGAGCAGCUUCAAGAACGAAGCCUCAAGGCUGCAGUGGGAUAAGCAGGCUGCUUCUAACGCUGUCACGUUGAAAAUGCAAUUAGAAAAAGGUCACAUAUCAUAUAACUCAGUCGUGGCGCAGCUGGUCACGGAUCUGAACCUCACUGACGAAGAGAAGGCAACCCUCGACAAAGAAAGGGAAACCGAAGAGAAGAAAUCUCGAGUACAGUUCUUAAAGACUGAGAUGAAGAUGAUUGAGCUGGACGCAAAGAUCAAGACUUGUUUGUCGUUAGAGAAGGCCGAGACUGACAUCUGUUUGAAACUCCUCGACGAUUUAUUGGCCUUAGACAUAAAACCUCUAAUGCUGCUAAAACACCCGACCUGCUUGGAGACUAUCAAAAGAAUGCGCGCGUACGUUGGCAACACUCCGUCCUGGGAACUGUCAGAAAGCGCCGCGCUAGUCUUCACCAAACAAGCACACAAGAUCAGGAAACAGGCUGAUGCUGUAUAUAAAAAGAUGAGGGAUCUUUUCACACCAUUGGAAGGUCUGUCAUUCUGGGAGUAUUUCACGAAUCGGGUGAUGAGAUUCAAGAAGGCUACAGGCAACCUCAGCGCUGAUGAACUACUGGAGUUAAUACAUGAACCUUUUGUAAUGUCAGAGACAGCGUCAGUAGAUAUGAAGGAGGCAGUCGACACAGCGAACGAAACUGAACAGAAAGAAUUACUACAGCCUGAUGGAGACGAUAAAAAUAAAAAGAAAACUACACCAGCGAAAGCAAAGAAAUCAUCGUCAGCGAACAACGUAUCAAAAACACCAGUAAAGAGACAAUCCUCUAGAAAAUUACAAGAUGACAAAGAAAAAGAGAAGGAAAAAGACUCAGAAGCGACAGAAGCAGAAUCGACAACACCUUUGACAGAACCAACAGAAGCAGUAACCACACCAGAAGACCAAGAAGAGACGACAAAACCACAAGAAGACACACAGAAAGUAGAAGAACGUGAAAAGACCCCAGAGAAGACCACAGAAGUGGUUGAAAGUGAGAAAGAAAAAGAAGUAACCGAGGAGAAUGGUGAUUUGGGCAAUGGUGAGAAGGCAGAAGAAGAGGUUGAAAAGGAGAAAGUAAAAGAAAAAGAAGAGGUCGGUGAGCCUAGAGCGAAACGAUCGAGAGAGAACAAGAAGACUGAGCCCCCUCCACCAAGGUCACCGGCAAAGCGAAAGUCUAAAGUUUAA